AUGUCAGAUACAACUACAACUACAUCAACAACAACAACAACAUCAACAUCAACAUCAACUACAGAUGAAACGACAUCAUCAUCAACAACAACAAUAAGAACAAAAGAAACACUAUCAGAGUGUAAACUUAAAGGUCAUAAAGACAGUGUUCUAUGCGUGGCAAUACAUCCAACCAACAAACUAUUGGCAUCAUCAUCAGAGGACUGUACAGUUCGUCUAUGGGACACUGACAAGAAGUCAUCCAUCAAGUGUAUAAAUGACUUUGGUACUGAUCCUGUCAAUAGUGUAGUAUUUAACAAUGAUUAUAUGUUAUAUUGUUCACAUUCUACAAAGGUAUCAUGUUAUGAUAUACGUAAACCAAACAUUAUACUGAAAGAACAUAGUGGGCAGUUCAGUGUCAACAAUGAGGAGAUCAAUCAGAUAUCAUUCGAUCACAAGUAUCAAUAUAUAGCCGCUGGUGAUGACUCUGGUCAGAUCAAGAUAGUCGACAUCACAAACAACAAGAACAAACUACACUCUACACUGGCAAAGAAGCAUACCAAUGUAUGCUCAUCCGUAUUGUUCAGGCCAAACUCAAAGAAUGAAUUGUUGACAGGAUCAAUGGAUUAUUCAAUCAUUCAUUGGGACUAUCUAAAGGGAAAGGUGUUGCAUCGUGAAUCAUUCCAACAGGCUACUCAACAGACAUCAUCAUCUGCAAAGGACAAGCAACAACAACAACAACCACAACAGAAACAGAUAUUGAAUCCACCAUUUGUAAACUCAUUGGAUGUUUCAUCCGAUGGUAAACAAGUAGCUGUUGGACUUGGCAGUGGUGAUAUCGUCGUCAAUGAGAUAUCCAGCUUCAGAAGAAUCAUACAUUUAGAGGAGGCUCAUCAAGCACCUAUAUCACAAGUACACUUCCCCAAGUUUGAAAACCACAACAACAGUCUUAUCUCCUCAGCCAAUGACAGUUUGAUUAUACUCUGGAACAUUGAGAAUACCAAAGAUGAGCCUAUUGAUAAUGAUAAGCGUAUAAGGAUAUGGACACACCAUCAUUCAAAGGUGAAUUGGUUGACAACUGCCAAGAUCACUGGACAAUGUAUCUAUGUUGCCGACACUUCUAAUGACAUCACGAUGCUGUCAAUACACGAUUAG